CCCAGUGUCAUCAGUGUACAGAAUUGUGUCAUUUACGUGAGGUUGAGUUGGUAUAUAAUGCAGCGUAAAAAUGGUCGCUCAUCGCGUGAACGAGAAUCUCGCAAAUAGUACAGAUCACACGUAUUCACACCCUGGCAACACAUGACGCGCGAUGAGGCAUACAACAGCAAAAAUAACGUUGACCAUAUACACUUUCGCCCGUAUAGCAGUCUUCAGGUUUCCCCACAAACGACCGUCGAUUAAUUGAGAUGAUGUGCCUCAAAAAGAACAGAUCCUCAAGAGAUGACGGCAAGCGAUCCAUCAAGGACAAAAAAGGCACCAUCUUUUUUUCCCGAGGACCACUUAAGAACGCGAUAAAAUCUAAAAGCACCAGUGUUCUAGCUCGACCAAGAAAUUGCUCGUGACCCGAAAGCCAACAAGGCUCCUGUCGGUUCCCAGAGAACGUGAGAAUACUUUUCAGACAACGUGAGAACUCUACGUUUUGCUUUUUGGCCCGCUCGAAACAGGCUGCGCUGUCCAUAUAUUGGCCGUUAAUGAGUAGAUGUUGACAGAAUCGUUAAAUUGACACGGCCGCACACUCUUUCAUCAGGUACAUGGAAAGAAACGACACCACAAGCAAGCAGAUAUUCACUCCAUGAGAAAUAUAGCGACGGCCAGCUGGCUGGAAAAACGACUGCCGUGGCACACUUAAGACGAAGAUGUUCUGUCUCAUUCGGUUGCCUCUCGCAGAGAUACUGCUUCUUUUUCGCUGUUGCCAACAUUUCUAGCAAUCUGCUGAUCUGUAGGAGAAUGCGCUGAUCGGUUUUCGUGAAAACGGCGUUGAGAUAUCUGGAUGGUUCAUGAUACUCACAAACUUGUAGAUUUGCUUUUUACGCUUUUUGGCCUCGGUGUCCCCUCAUCUACAUUUUCAACACUGGCGUUGUUGGUAACCAGAAUCAGCUGCGAAAGUUUUUGAAGACCGGGCAGCAAAGAAUCCUACCACUGGUGACACAGUACUUGCAUUUCCAUUGCAACAUGUGUAACUGAGCGUAGUACGUCCCAAAAGCGACUGGGGGGAAAAUUCUUUAGUCCGCCAGCUGGCUUAACGAGCCUUGCAACUGCACACUCUUCCUUCAGGUUCUCUAGUGCCUUCUGCUUUAGACAAUGUCUGCACCCCCAAAGGUUCGUCUACAAAGACGUCAACUUUGGUGGGCCUGCGGUGAGACACGUGCUCUACUACAGCAGACUCUUGGCCAGCUCAGGUCAAUCAGGCAGCAAACCGGUACCUUUUCUUUCUUUCUCCCACAGGAAAGAUGGUGAUGUUUUGAUUCCCACUUCAGCGAUGCGCACGCUGUCAACGGAUCGUUAAGAAUUCUAGCAACAGUAGACGAUGACACACAUGCUGAUACUAAUGACCUCUGGCACCCAGCACUUCGCUGCAUUCCUGUUGUCACCUGUUAAGUGCGAUGGAAUUAUCGCUGGUCGCCGCAAAUUAGCGCACGCCUUCAUAAGGAUGGCACCGUACUGGCUUCGCUUCUCUCGUGUCAAUCUUGCUCAGCUUAUCCAAAAGGAACGAAAAAAAGCGUUUCAAACAAAUUCCAUUAAGCGCUGAGCCCUUCAAAUGACAUUCAGUUUACUUGAUGAACGGUCCGUGCAACGGCAAGUGUGUCGGUGGAAAAAAUAUACAGCUAAAGGCGACUCUCUAUAUACCUUCGCACCCGCCACAAAACUUUGUUCCAUUUCAAAAGGCGUAGAAGAACAUCAUUUCUAUGGCGACCUCGUCGGGGGAGCCAGCACGACAAUAUGCAUGUUCUUGUCGCUUUACGAUGUUGCGGGCGGACUCUCUGUCAUCGGGUCCAAGAGGAGUCGGAAGACAUCAGUCGCUCGCCAGGGAACGCACGUCUCGUGAGCCUGCUACCGUGCUUUCCUGUACUCCGUAAAACCACCACUUGCUGAGGGUUCGUGAAUCCUAGUUUUGGCGUUGUGCUGAAGUGGAAUCCCCUUUUGGUUCGCUGUUUCGGCGGCGUUGAUUGGCUGACUCUCCGUUACGGGAAUUCAUAUCCGCGUCUCAGGAGGCCGCAGUGUGCUCAGCGCUCCGGUGACCAGUAGAGUCUACGCUGAAGGUCUGUGCACACGUUCUCUUGCGGACACCAGUCUUCAACGAUUUUGCGUGUUGCCAUUCUGCUCAGAAUCGUCACCAUGCUCUGGUUUCGGCUAACGACUCUGCUUUCGUUUAUGUACGUUUCCCCCUACCCUUCGUCCGCAAAUCUAGCACAAGGCACACCACUCCAAGCUUUCAAUUCCGCUUCGUUCCCUCGAUGCCUUUUCGAGCUCAAUGACUGCGGGGCGUCGCCUGCCCCUGCAAAGGUGGCAAUUAUUGGGGGAGGCAUUUCUGGUGCAGCGACUGCGGCGUUUCUGCGAAUGUUGGAAAGCGACCUGGAGAACCUCGAUCAUCUGAGAGACGCAGAGAACAGAUUCGGCGGAUCAGACGAGAAGACAGCUGGUCGACGCUUGGUCAUCGACCUUUUCGAGGCUAAGGACAGGUUAGGGGGAAGACUGGACUAUGCAGAACUGGAGGGCGCCUUCGUGGAACUCGGGGGUGCAGACAUUCACGAGACAAACGCAUGGAUGGUGCAGUUUCAUGAACUCGUCAACGCGCAUCUGUUUGCAAAGGGCACGAGAGACGAAGUAGAGCAACCCGCUUCUUCGAACCAGGGACCUCAGUUUUUGAAGCAUAUCAAUCCUCCAGAUGCACCCAUUCGUCUUAUUGACGGAGACAAUGUAGUAACAGUCAAUUUGGCUUCCGCUUUUAACAUAAACAGCGAAGUUUCCCGUUUUGCGGCACACAUCUUGCAGGGCCUGGCCGAUUCGUGGCAGCAUCUAUACCCGCUUUUGGGACUGCAGACGUGUAUUGAUUUCUCGGGGAAAAGCCAUCCGGUACGCGAGCAGUCUUCAGGCGUCUCAGGCGUGCGAUGGCCAACAAAAAGGCGCAGGUUUGUUCCCGCCUUCCACACGGCGGUAGACAUGAUGCGUGCGGUGCAUUUGUCGACACUGCUGAAACAGAAGCUGGAAGAUCUCAUCAGACCGCUUUACCCCGCCCCCUUAGUUCACAACAUGGUUGACGCCGUAGUCCGCGCUGUAUACACACAGGGAACCUCUGUGCACGCUCUGGCAGGGGCGGUCGGGCUAGCAGGAGGGAUUGGAAAUCUCUACAAACAGAAACGUCCCGGUCGCGAUGUGGUCAGCUUUCUCAUGGAAACGUUCGUCGACCACACGUUUCUUAAUUGCCGCGUUACAAGCAUCGAAGAACGGGAAAGCCGGCGUGAGUGGCAGUCUCAGUCGGGGAAAACAUUCAGGUUAAAGGCUCCGGACUCCCUUUGUCCCGUCGACGCAAGAGACUACCUAAAAAGACAGGCGUACGACUUCGUUGUCAUUGCCACGCCCCUCGAGCUGUCAGGGCUGUCCAUCUUUAGCAGAAACGAAGUCGGUGAAUUGAAGAAAGUUCGCUUUCCUGUUCCGCGAAAGUUCCAGGAGGUCUUUGUAACGUUUGUGGCUGCGGAGGGCAUACGACGCACCAGUGCGUUGAACCCAACAGGCGGACCGACGUUUACUACGUCACGAGAGAGCCACCACGAGUUGAAGGAAAACGAUUUGUUGCUGUAUGCUUCUUGGUGCGGACGCAGCCUCGCAGAGGAGGAGAAAGUCAGGAAACCACCCCUCAUCUGCAAACUGACCACAGGACGGGAACUGGCGGACGAAGACCUUUCUCAGCUGUUCCGCGGCUUGCGCAGAAGCGUCCGCCGCAGGUGGUUCGCAUACCCGUUUUUGCGGCCAAUGAAUCUUUCAGCCGAGGAGUCCAGAGAAGAUGACAAAGCGGGGAAUCAGAGGCACUCUGAAGUCAACCCCACGACGUUCCAGUUGGUGGAAAACGUGUUUUAUCCCAAUGGAUUUGAGGGAGUUUUCUCCUGCAUGGAGGGGCAAGCCAUGGCCUCACGGAAUGUCGCACACCUUCUGGUGAAUGCCCUUGCGGUGUAGAUACACCGCAGCUGGGUCGCAGCCCAGCUCGCGUUUUAUUCGUUGCAUUCUGAAUUCCUUGUUUGUAACUCGUGUGAAGGAAGCAGCGAAUGAACAGCAGUUCGAAGCGUCUCUGAGGAACCGUAAACGAAAGCAGCAAACCCUGCGCUUCGUGGCACGGAUCACGUGAGGCGUGUCUUCGUGGUGGCGUAUCCCGGUCAAAGAUCCCGGGCCAGGUUUACACCGAAUUCAAGCGUGUCUACGUGUUUUGAAAAAGUUCGCCGCUGUUCCCGUGACGCAUUUCGUGGCUUUUGACUCUGUCUCAAAGCGAUGUGUCCCCUGCGUCUCACGCUGCGAACUUGGGCAAAACGUGUCGCCGACGCAUCCAAAGUUUCCUUUACGAGCCACAACCCAAUAGUAAGCACAGACACUCGCGCACCAACGAUUCCAAGUCGACAGGUGCAAGACACCACCUGAAUUAA